AUGGCAUCAAAUCUUGACAAGUCCCUCGACGAGAUCAUUUCAACCAAGCGCAAGCAGACGCCCCGCCCGCGCCGCAGCUCUGGCCCGCGCCAGUCGAGUUUGUCGCGUGGUAAGGGUGCCAAGGCAGCGGCUGUCGGCAGCGCUGCAGCUGCAGCAGCGGCCGUGAGCCAAGCUAACCGCCAGCAACCGCCUCUUGUCAUCCCUGGUCGUGGUCCACAGGGCCAGGGCAGCAAGGUGAUUGUCAGCAACUUGCCGACGGAUGUGACGGAGGCACAGGUCAAGGAGCUGUUUUCGACGACGAUUGGCCCUCUGCGCCGCGUGCUGAUGAGCUACCGCGCCAACGGCCAGUCGACAGGCGUGGUCACCGUCCAAUUCCAGCGUGCCGAGGAUGCUAGCCGCGCUUACUCACAAUACAACAACCGCCUUAUUGAUGGCAAGCGUCCGCUCAAGAUUGAGGUCGUGGUCGACCCGGCCCACGCCCCUGUCGUGGCACCCGAGGCGCCCAAGCCGUCCAAAAGUGCGCGGGCCAAGCGCAACGCGAAGGCCAAGCGCCGUCGCGAAGCCCGCCCCGCCAAGUCGCUGGAAGACUUGGACGCUGAGAUGGAAGACUACUCCAAGCAGGCGAGCUCCGAGGCCCAGCCGAUGCAGGACGCGCCCAGUGCAGCGUAG